CCCUUCAAACGGGAAACAAGAUGGCGGCGGCAGGUCCGAGCACUCGGGCUUCUUCCGCGGCAGCCACGGCGGCUCUGAGUCGGCGGGGCCGGCGGGGCCGCUGUGACGAGAUGGCGGCAGCGCAGCCCGGGGCUCCGGGCCCGGCCUCCAGCCCCGCGCUGUUAGUGUUGCCGCCACCGCCACGACCGGGGGAGUCGGGCUGCGCCGGGUGCCUGGAGACCCCGGGGGAAGUGGCGGCCCUGCCGUGCGGCCACUCGCGGUGCCGAGGCUGCGCCUCACGCGCGGCGGGCCCGGGCUGCCGUCGCUGCCGUCCCCGGGGCUCGGGCUGGGCCCGCCGUCGGGCCCGCGACGACGGCCAGGCCGCCUCGGAGCUGCUGGGCGAGCGCGCCCGUCGCGGACAGCCGGAGCGCUGCCGCUCGCGCCGGGACGGGGGCGCGGCCGCCGCGGGGCCCAGGCCGGACCCGGAGCCGCGCGCGGAGCCAGAGUUUGUAUUCAGAGCACCAAUCAAAUUAAGCAAGCCUGGAGAACUUCGUGAGGAAUAUGAAUGCCUAAGAAAGCUGAGAGAAGAGAAGUUACAAGAAGAAAACACUUGUGAAGAUCAGACCCACAAGAUACUGCAGGAGGAUUCAGAAAUGGGGAAAAGGAAAACAGAUGAACAGAAAAAAAGAGAUGAGCCAGCAGUGUUGAGAACAAGUCUGGAGCAGUGUCCUGCACGUCUCUCAGAUUCAGAGAAUGAAGAACCCUCUCGGGGCCAAAUGAUACAGACGCAUCGUUCAGCCUUUGUUUCCAAGAACAGCUCCUACUCCUUAGCUUUCCUGGCAGGGAAGCUUAACACCAAGGUGCAGAGGAGUCAGAGCUGCAGUGACACAGUUCAGGACAGAGUGAAGAGCAGGCUCAGAACAGCUCCACCCAACAGAGCCAAGGUCACAACUAUAACUCCAGGAUCCACCCCCAUUAUUGGUGUUCUCCUGUCCACUCAAAACAACCGCUGCCUCUCGGCCCCUGACUUAACCGUAGAAAAGCGCCUGCCCUUCAGCUCCCUUUCAUCCUUGGCUCCCUUGCACAAGCCAGAGCGCUCUAUCAGCCCUGAAAGCAAUGACAGUAUCUCUGAAGAACUAAACCACUUCAAGCCCAUUGUCUGCUCACCGUGCACCCCUCCCAAGAGACUCCCCGACGGCCGCGUGCUAAGCCCUCUCAUCAUCAAGUCAACACCUCGCAACCUGACCAGAAGCCUGCAGAAGCAGACUUCCUACGAGGCUAGUCCACGGAUCCUCAAGAAGUGGGAGCAGAUCUUCCAGGAGCGGCAGUUCAAGAAGACCCUUUCCAAAGCCACUCUCACAUCCCUGGCCCCCGAAGGAGGGGAAGAGUUGCCAGGCUCUGAAGCUAUCCAUUCCAGCAAGGAGAGGCUGCCUCUGGCUUUAAGUACAAGACUGUCCAGGGCCCAGAUGCUUUCAGAGUGUGCUGGGCCCACCUCCCCUGCCCUUGAGUAUUUCCCUUCUGUUAACCAGACAAAAAUGGGACAGGACUAUGUUAGAAAAAGGAGCCACGAGGUUCCACUGGAAAGCUGCCAUUUCUCAGAGCACAGAGGAGUAGCCACUGGGCCUUCUUUGGAAGGGGAGCAGUUUGAGGAGUCAAGAUCCACCCUAGAUGCCACAUUAGACAAAACUUGUAUAAGCACAGUCAUGAAGAUCUCAGCAGUUAAUUCAGUGCUGCCCAAAAAUGAUGUUUUGGGUGGGGCUCUCAAAACAAAGAAACAGCUAAAGACACUCAGUCACUUUGAUCUGGCUAAUGGUGUUCUGGUUGACAGUUUAGGAGAGGAGCCAAUUCCUACCCUGCGUAGGGGCCGGAAAAGGCGCUGUAAGACCAAGCACUUGGAACAAAAUGGUGUUAAGAAACUGCGACCACCCAGCAGUGACAUGGGCCAGGCCCCCAAAGACUCAGGGCUGCAUGAGGUGGGGCGGAAAUGGCAGCAGGAGGAAGAGGACCAGCCAAUGGCUCUGCAGUCACAGCGCAUAUUUGACAGUGAGAGGCGGACUGGGAACAGGCGGAAAGGAAACAUGGAUCAGUAUCUCUUACGGUCCGGCAGCCUGGCUGGGACCAAGUAGCACUGACUGUACAAUGUAAUGUUACCUGCUUUUCAGAGGUCCUUGACCUCAGUCAUUUAUCCAAAAGAGCUAGCUGAAUGUUCUUACUUUGAGUUUCUUUCAAUGGCAAAACACUGUCCAAUAUGGUUCUGAGAGGCUUUGGGGCCUUGGUAAUCAAAGCCAAGGGUCUGCAUCUUUGGCUCUCUGGGACCCGGGCCACUGAGUGAGCCAACUCUGAAGGCUUCUGGGCCCAAAUCUGGCGGCACACACUUGGAAUGAGAUUCUGAAUGGCCUUAUUCAUGAAUAUGAUGGCCAGUGUUAGAGAUGGCAGGGAGAGGAUCCCUUCUUAUACUCGUAAGAGCAGUAUUUAAGUCAGCCUUGCAGAUAAACAUGCACUCUUCAGAGACAAACAGUGCAGUGCUUUGGAAAGUCCAAGAUAAAAUAGGUGAUCAUGUUUGUCUUCGUCUCCCCUUUGCCACGAGUACCUACAUACCUAAAUCAGUUGAGCUUAGAACUUCCUUUUGCUUCUCCAGAAGGUAAUUAUAUUCUCUGUUUAAACUAUGACAUUUGAUUGAUGCUGUGUGAUUGACACCUGGUCUUCCUGAGACCUAACUUGUAAGUGGUGUCAGCUGGAUAAUGAAGCUGCAGUGCAGACAUUCAGGUUCUCUCAGCUGCCAAGUGGGGUAGCCCAGGCUGACCACUGUGUCUCCUGGCCACAAGUCCCAUGGAUUCUCCACAAUCACAGGGUGCCCAAAGGAAAUACAACCCACGGGCAUGCCAGGGCUACCUAGGGAGGCUGGCAAGGCAUUGACUGUGACAUUGCAAAGCCUGCCUAGAAGCAGUUAACAUUGCUGAGAUUGUAGCUUUGCUGAGAUGUAAAUGAUAGAACUGCAGUGAUCUUACCUACCCGGUUUACAGACUCCUGUUUUCCCAGGAGUCCUAGCCUGUGAGAUGAACUAAUAUGAGGCUUCUUACUUCUUUCCAUGUGGCAAUGGCUAUCUGAAAUUUUGGUCUAAAAAUCAGGAAAAACUUGCCCCAAAGCCAGGCAAGGGACAAUGCUGAGACUCCAUACUGUGGAAACAAGGUAUCUAGCUGGAUGCAGCUGGUGAAUUCAGUCCCAUGGACCUUUGGGGUUUAUUUUUCUUAGCAGCUGACACCAUGUGUCUUUUGCAUCCCUGGUGGUGCUUGGUGCUUCUGCCCUUCUGGGCUCAAUGAGAAUAAGGAUUAUGUUAUGAUUUUAGGGACUCUCAGGUGGGCUGCUGUUCCCUGUGUCUGUAUAAGCUGUUACCAUAGUCAUGUGACUGGCAUUUUAACAAACCUUCCAGGGCAUCAAUGCUGGCCCUCUUGAAAGGUCCCUGCAGGAUACGCAUAGUUUUCCAGUGAAGUUGCCUUUGAUCAGAAUGUUUCUGAAGCAGUCAAAGUCUAGAAGUAACUAGAGCUACAGACUCCCUCCUUAGUGCUGAGGGAGGUCACCUCUAGUGCUAUUUCCUCAGGGCAGAUGUCAGGCUUUUGGUAUUCUAGAUGAGAGAACUUCAGAUUUGGAGUUAGCCCAGAGUGCUUGAAGCUUCUAAGAAAGUUGGAAGGAGCAUGUGGAGUCCCAAGCAUGGUGUCCCCUUGAAGCAGACAGAGCUACUUUCUCUGCAGCUCAUAGCUGACCGUUGUCAGGGAUGCUGGAUGUGUGUGGCCAUCGCUAAGAUAGGUGGCUUCAGAGAAUACUCUGGUGGGGACCUGUGUGUCCCUAGGUGUGGGUGUAUGUUUUAAAAACAUGCAAUAGUCUCAUUACUUUAUAUUGAUAACACUUUACUUCUCUUCAAGGGCUGCUAGAAGGCAUGCCAAUGCCCCAAAUAGGAGAGCUGACCCUGGUCUGCAGAUAUAAGGAGAUUCCAUUAGAAAAACCCUUGAAAUCUCUGCCAUUUCAUAUAUUCCCUUUAUGAUCCUAGUAAUUAUUAUUGAAAGGAAGACUGGUCUUACUGGGAGUAGCAAAGACACUUAUUUUUCCAUGUGCCACUCUUUUAUAUGUCACUAAUCAUUAGAAAAACACUUUCAGUUGGAAUUAAUUUUUGGUUUUGGUAAAAAGAUAAACUAUUUUAAUAGAUGAAAAGUAUAUAUUUUAAAUAUCCCCUCGCCCCUAGUUACUACCUUGAUUUUAAGAGUAUUCAUAGCAGUGGCAACAAGCGUAGGCUGCAGGUGCAGUGUUACUGCUAAGCGAGUAUUGCAGACACUGGGCUGGACUGUGGAUGUCCCUAUGUACCUCAGUGAGACCCAGGGUGCUGUAGACAGUGUUUCCCAUGCUUCCUGCUGAACAGUUUAUCUGGAGGAGGAAGGCUUACCUUUUAGUCCACUUAGUUUGGAAGAUAGGAAAACUACCAAAGUGCUGCAUGCAAGAUGCUCCCACAUCUAGUCACUAACCCUGAAUACUUUGUUUCUGGAAACUUCCAUCUCAGUGCUUUACUGAAGUCCUUUGCAAGUACAGCUGUGGACUCGGAUUCCUAAAGAGUAAAGAGACAGGGAAACAGAAUGGUUGGGAGGGUUGGUGCACUAGAGUGAAAGAUACUAUUCCACAAAACAAAUACUUCUCACAAGUCACUGCAGUUCUGUUCACCCUGGAAUUGCCCAUACUCUGCUAUGUUCCUUUUGUAUAUGUGUUCUGCUUGUUUUGUUUUCUUAUUAAAGAGGAAAUUAUGAGGAACAGGAGGGUGAGUCUUUCUGAUGGGAAAUGAAGAGAUGCACCAUUCCUCAAAAGGGUUUGGUAGCUCUUCUCCAGAGAGGUAACAUUCAUGAGCAGCUGACUGCACCUGUUGGAAGAAGUCAUCUGUACCUGAUGGCAGCAAGUCAGGGAUUAGUCAGCCAGCAACUAACCUCUGUCCCUUAGUUACUUCUUAAAAAAAAAAGAAAUCUGGCCAAGGCUUGUCUAGGAAUCCUUUCUUAAUUGACCUCACUUAUUAAAAGAAACAAAACAAAACCCCAAACAUUUUUUUUUGUAUAGAGGAUGUACUGGUCAUAAAUGUCGUUUUAAAAUUAUUUUUAAGGUAAAAUGCCCCUUGGAGAGUAAAGCUAUUUAACUAAUUAUUGUCUGAUUACAAACUAGCCAUUAACUAAAACGAGGAGCUGAUGACUGAAGGUUGUGUUCAAUGGGCACUUUUGAGCUCUUAGACACCCUGUGUGGGACCAUCGGAUGGUCCUUGUUGGGGGACUUGUCUAGUGCAAUGUGUAUGGACAUGUGUGUGGCUACAGAAUGUGUUAAUGAUCUUUGAAAAGCCAUUUCAUCUGUAACAUUGCUCUUCAUUGGUCCUGUUCAGGACAUCGAUCUAGCAUUCAGCCUGUCACUGGCAACAUUUUCCAUACCUCAUCACUAUUUAUGAGUUUGAUUAAUUCUUCUUUUUCGAUUUCCUAAGUAACUUCCUGGGAAGAUUGGAUUUUCUCCUGCAGUGAUUAUAGACCAGUUGCCUUGUUCAGAAGCUGCAUUUACUUCAAGUUCCAAGAAAUGAGGCAGGUCUGGACCACUGAUAGGGCCAGAGAAGCCCUUUCUUCACUUGAGUGACCUCCUAGUGCAUUCCAUGGGCUUACCUCUCACCAGAACUGGCAAUAACUUGAGGUUUCUUCUUCUUAGCUUGUCACUGAAGUGGAGAGCCCUCAGGAGAGAGUAGAGGCUAGCUCAUUAUCAUGGGAUCUUAGAGCUGGACCAGCCCCAGCCCCACUUUAGAUGAAGACCCACUGUUUUGGUUUCUGCUGUAGUUCUCUAGGUAUGAAUAAUAGUGAAAGUUAUACAGUUUGUGAAUGAUGGGGACACCUAAGUGACAGAGGUUUAGAAUGGCUUUUGUUUCUCUUUGCUUCUUUCAUUUGAGAUGUACCUACAUCCCCUGAAUACACUGUAAUAUAUAGGGUACUUAAUAGGGAAAACCCCAUAGUGUGAGCUAAAUAAUGAGUGGAAUUUUGUUGUAUUUUAAUUAUAGCUUUUGCUGUUUCUUUUUUAAAAACCAAACUCAUUAGGGUCUUAAACCUUUCUUAGCCAGCCCUUUCCUCAUCAAUUGUAGAAUGCUCCUUAGUUUAGCCUCUAGAGAGAAUGGAGCUGGUUAAAGUUCUUAGGAGGAGGAGCAGAUUUUGAGGACUAGACUGCUGCAUGGCUUUCCUUUGAUGACCCAGAAAUGCACUUUUCCCUGUAGCAUUCUGGAAACUGUUCCGUAGAAGAGGCAUGUAGAUACAGAGGUUACUAGUUAAGUCAAAGUGGAUGGUAGAGGAAGCGCCAAGUCCACAUGAGUAGACUGCUCUGUGUCUUGCCAGCGUUUCCUCUGAGGGGAGAAAGUACCUUCCCGUUUCCUGAGUUUGUUGCCAGGAAUGUGCGAGGGCUGACCUUAGGCUCUGAACAGGCCCCCUCCCUUUUGGUAUCUCAGGUCCAGAAGGAGUUAGACAAAGCCAUGAUAAGGUCAGGCUUGCUCAUCUCUGUUCCCUACCGCUUCAGUGUUGAGCUGUGCAGAACAUAGCUUCCUCCUUGUGCCAGAUUCCUGUAGCAGCAGUCAGUUCUCCCUAGCUGGCACUUGCCCUCCAAGCUGAGCCACCAGUGCAGCCCGGCAGAUCCCAGUUUGCAUCAGACAUGACCAUCAGCCCUAAGCCUCCAACAAAGCAAGAAAACAGAUACUAUGCAAGACCGGCAGUGACUAGUUGAAAUGCCAACUAGUGGGUGUUCUUUCUUUCCCUCCCUCCCUUCCUCCGUCCCUCCAUCCCCCUUUCUGUUUUUCACCUGAUAUAUUGUUUACUCUUAACUGUACAAAAAUAGUUGUCUUAAGAGCCAAGAGUUGAGCCUUUCCACCUAGAAAUAUAAAAUGGUUGUCUUGUUUUAGGCAACCUGCUAUAUAUAGCUCCUUGUGGUUUGGUGGUUGUGACUUACUCAGCCUAUUUACAUUAGGAUCGGAGAAGGGGCCCUGCAUCCUGGUGGACUGCCACUGCUGUCUCUACCCCCUUGACUCAUACAGAGCCUUUUGACAGAGAACUUGGGACAAGGUAUGCUCUGUCAGGGAUGCUUUUACCUUAAUGAAAUGCUGUGGAAUCAAGUGGGGUGAUGUGUGAUUAAAACAGUACCAAAGUGCAUUCUUCAAUGUGUAUGCGCCUGUUCCAGGUGAGGCCCAAGUUGAAAAUGCAGUAAAGCAGCCUCAUGAAAGCAAA